CCGCUUUGCCAAGUCGUCGCAACAAGUCGUCCGCGGCAACAAGGCGCCACGGAAGCACAGACUUUCAGGUGCACAUUGGGACGACCACGUUUGCAACCGCUCAACAGCAGCGCCUUAUAUAGCGGAGCGUCUCAAAGCAGCGUCUCUGAGGUCAUUCUGUCUUGAAGAGCAGCUAGUCCGUUGUCUCGUCUUGUUUGACGGUGUUUGCGUGAGCCACCCAUUACCUCGCAAUUUGUGGGCCACCUGGAUAGCGAAAGACCUAGGACAUAUCCGACCGAGCGCUGCAUAAUAGGAAACGCCGCCGAACUAUCAACGCUAGCGUGUUGCGGCACCUCCGCCUUCCGAAACCACAUUGCACCCUCCCAGAGGAGCCAUCUCGACGGUCAUGAGUAGCAGCGACGCAGGGGCGGCCGUGCCCGGCUCGACGAUCGUCAAGCGCAACUGGUUCUCGACUAUCAUAAACCAGCUGUUUAUCAUGCUGAAACGGAACACUAUCUUGCAAAUAAGAUAUACCAAAUCGACAGUGAGUCAAUGUAUCGUUGCUCCGAUCGUGUUUAUGCUGCUGUUGCUGGUCUUGCAGCAGGCUUCCAAUGCGAACCAGAGGAAGGAGGUUCUUGAUCCAUUUGAGGCCCCGUUACAAGGGGUUUACAACUGUCAGGGCAAGGAUCCAGACAGCCCAUGCAUCAACAUUAUGUACACACCCCAAAGCCCCGACAUCAACAGCGUCAUGGCAACCUUCGCAGCCAAGAACGCCGCGCGAACCGGCGAAGCAGCGUUCGCCGUGGAAACAGCCCUCACGGACGUCAAAUUCAAACCCACCCGCAAAAUGGGCAUCAUCCCCGUCGCCAACCAGGAUUUCGUGUACGAGUACUCCCUGGUCACGCCGAACGUGACCGCGUGGGGUAUCAACUUCACUGACACCGUUGGCCCGCCGCGCAACUUUGCGUACCAGGUCUGGUUCAACUCGUCCAAUGUGGCGAACGGGACGGAUAUCUAUGGACGGCAACUUGUUGCGCUAAUGAGAGGAAUUGACGAGGCUAUUAUCUCGGUAUUGAACGCUCAAUCCGCCACACUGGACGUGAGCAUCAAAGACUGGCCCCUAAUCCCUCCCAAAACCACCUCCGACAUCAUCAUCCAAUCCCUCGGCCCCGUCUUCUUCUUCUGCUCAGAGAUGGUCAUCUUCAUCAACAUCCUCAACCUGAUCGUCACCGAGAAGGAAGCCAAACUCCGUCACGGCAUGGAGAUGAUGGGCCUCAAGCCCUCCGUGUACUGGUUCUCCCAGUUUCUUUCCAACUCCCUCCUCAUCGCCGUCGGCGCCCUCGUCACGGGAAUAUUUGGACUCAUCUGCAACUUCUUUGCGUUCAAGAACACGAACUUUGCGGUUAUUCUGAUCACCUUCUUUUUGUUUGGCGAGGGUAUGAUGAUGCUCGCUUUCUUUAUCACGACGUUUGUGAGGAAGGCCAGGGUCGCGAUCUUGAUUGGGAUCUUUGUGUUUAUCAUUGGGCUGCUGUUUGAGAGCUUCGUGUUUAGUAGCAGCUUUGUGGGGUAUAUUUGGUGGGACUCUGGGACGAGCCCCAUUGCUUGGAAAGUUCUGAUAUUUUUCCCAUUCUUCAACUUCGGCAAAAUGUUUCUCGACAUCACCACCUACACCACCGGCCGCGUCGACACCCUCACCAACACCGCCAUCCCGGGCCCGGGCUUCGCCUGGUCCACCCUCAACCAAAAACUCCCAAAGGACCUUCUCCCCACCUACGGCUCCGGCUCCGUCCCCGACGUCCCGGCGCCCAUCCAGAGCUGGCACUUCCUCCUCAUGAACAUCCUGUUCUACGGCGUAUUGACGUGGUACUUUGACAGUGUGAUUCCCGAUGAGUUUGGGUGGACGCGCCCGCCGUGGUUCUUUUUGACCCCGAGUUACUGGGGGGUUACGGGACGCAGAGGCAAGCAGCAGGAUCCGGUGGCAUGGUUGAAACGGCAGAAGGGGGCGAAGGUGAGGGAUACGGUGGAGGGGGAGCCGAGGGAUGUGGCGGAGGAGAGGAGGAGGGCUUUGGAUGAUGCCUACCAUCCAGCCCUCCAAAUCGUCAACCUGCGCAAAGUGUACCAAAACGGCUGGUUCAAAUCCAAAACGGACAAGGUCGCCGUGCGCAACCUGUGCCUCACAUUUGAGGAAGGCAAGCUGCUCGCCCUGCUCGGCCAGAACGGUGCGGGAAAAUCCACGUCGAUGAAUAUCCUGACCGGUUUGACCCCGCCGACUAGCGGAGAUGCGUUGAUGUAUGGGUUUAGCGUGAGGGACCAGACCCCGGAUAUCAGGGAAAUUUUGGGUGUUUGUUUGCAGCAUGAUAUCCUCUUCGACGACCUAACGGCCGAAGAGCACAUCCGCCUCUACGCGGGCCUCAAAGGCGUCGACCCUUCCACCUGGGACACCCUCGUCGAAUCCCGCCUCACCGCCGUCCGCCUCUACAAAGUCCGCAACCAACGCUCGGGCACCUUCUCCGGCGGCAUGAAACGCCGCCUGUCCCUCGUCAUCUCCACCAUCGGCGACCCCAAAAUCAUCUUCAUGGACGAGCCCACCACGGGCAUGGACCCCGUCAACCGCCGGCAUGUGUGGGAAUUCAUCGAGAAAUUCAAACGCGGGCGUGUGAUUGUGCUUACCACCCAUUCGAUGGAGGAGGCGGAUGUCCUUGGGGAUAGGAUCGCGAUUAUGGCGCAUGGACGGUUGAGAGCGAUUGGGUCGUCGAUUACGUUGAAGAGUCAGCAUGGGACCGGGUAUAGGGUGUCGAUCAUCGUUGACCCGGAACACUCGGCUUACGCGAAGGGGGUUAUCGCCAACAUGGCACCCACGGCGGUGUUGGAGGACGACUCGGCCGGCGCGCUGUUGUACCAGUUCCCGUCUGGCCCUGCAGGAGCGGGUCGUGGGGGCCCGAGGAGCGAGGGUCAGGAGGAGUUGCAGCGGUUUAUUGCGUUCUUGGAGGGGAGUGACGAGAAUGUCGAUCCUGCUGCUGCGGCUGCACAGCAAGGUGAGAAUGGGAAAGAGCAGUCGGGCCCGUGGUGGGUCAAAGCGUGGGGAAUCUCCCAGACGACACUCGAGGAGGUGUUCCUGAGACUUAUCAGGGAUGCGAAUCCGCAGGGGUAUAGUGGUACGUAACUGUAUUAACCCCCUCCCUCCGCCCCUAUCUCCUCCCACCUAAACUGACCCUUCCUCGAUUUCAAAGGCUACGAACAAUCCAACGGAGG